UGUGUUGGCAUGUGUGCAAGAGAGAGAGAGAGAGAGAGAGAGUGAAACUACUCAUUCAAAAAGAAAAUUCCAAAUAACCCAGUAACUCGUGCUGAAACCACACUUCAAGGAGAGAGAAACCACUUACAUAGAGAGAGAGAGAGAGAAUCCUCAAACAUGUUCUUUCCUUCAACUUAACCAAACAACCCAACAAAAUCCAAUCACUGCCAUCCCAACAUGUCGAUCUCUCUCCCAAACAUGAACCUUUCAUCGUUUCUCUUGUUCCUCCCACUCCUUCUCACCUUCCACCCACCAACUGUUUGUGGAAAUGCGGAGCUGAAAGCUCUAAUCACCAUCAAAAACAGUCUAGAUCCAGACAACACUUAUCUGGCCUCCUGGACUGUUUUGGGCAACCAAUGUGACGGCUCAUUCGAAGGUGUUUUCUGCAACGAGAAUGCUCAAGUUGCCAACAUUUCUUUACAGGGUAAAGGUCUCUCCGGUAAGCUCUCACCGGCUUUGUCUGAGCUCAAACAGUUGACUGGUUUGUACCUGCAUUACAACUCUUUGUCUGGCACCAUUCCCGUUGAGAUUUCUAACUUGACUGGCCUCGUUGACUUGUAUCUUAAUGUUAAUAAUCUGUCUGGAACCAUUCCUGUUGAGCUUGGAAACAUGGAGAGUUUACAAGUGUUGCAGCUUUGUUACAACCAGUUUAGUGGAAGCAUACCGACUCAACUUGGGUCAAUGAAGAAGCUGAGUGUUGUUUCUUUGCAAUCUAACCAUCUUAGUGGUGCAUUGCCUGCAAGUUUGGGUGAUUUGGGGAUGUUAAAGAGGCUAGAUUUGAGUUUUAAUCGCCUCUUUGGUUCGAUCCCUACAAGAUUGGCUGAUGCUCCUAUGCUUAGAGUUUUAGAUGUGAGAAAUAAUACUCUCUCCGGCAAUGUGCCUCUAGGUUUAAAGAGAUUAGCUGAAGGAUUUCAGUAUGGAAACAAUUUGGGAUUAUGUGGAGUUGAAUUCGCAACUCUGAGAGCCUGCAGUCCGUUAGAUCGUGUGAAUUCAGAUGGCAUACCGACAAAGAACCUUCCGGAAACAGCCGAUUUAAAGCUUAACUGUAGCGACACGCAUUGCUCGAGUUCAUCGAAAACUCCACAAGCCUCAAUUAUUGUUGGUGUCAUUGUCGCAAUAGUUGGAUUAUCGGUAAUAAGUUUCUUAGCAGUUUCGCAUUAUCUGAACAGAGUUAGAAAGCCUGGAAACAGGUUUGACUCAUCUAACGACACCGUUGACCGAUUAAAGUCAAAGGAAGUAUGCAGGAAGAACGGCUCGCCACUAAUUAACCUUGAGUAUCCAAACGGGUGGGACCCGUUAGCUGAGGGUCGUCGAUUUGGUGGGGUCUCUCAAGAACUAAUGAGGAGUUUUAGGUUCAAUUUGGAAGAGAUAGAGUCAGCUACACAAUACUUUGCUCCCGGAAAUUUAUUAGGAAAAAGUGUUUUUUCGGCUAUUCAUAAAGGAAUGUUGAGAGACGGAACCGUUGUUGCUAUUAAAAGUAUUAUAAAGAGUAGCUGCAAGUCUGAAGAAGCUGAGUUCUUAAAGGGUUUGAAUAUUUUAACGUCGUUAAGACAUGAGAAUUUAGUGAGAUUAAGAGGUUUUUGUUGUUCGAAAGGGCGUGGCGAGUGCUUUCUUAUUUACGAUUUUGUACCUAAUGGAAGCUUGUUACGGUAUCUUGACAUGAAGGAUGGUGAUCAUGUUCUUGAUUGGUCUACUCGAGCUUCCAUCAUUAACGGUAUUGCUAAAGGUAUAGAGUAUUUACAUGGCAGCAAACUAAACAAACCGGCUCUCGUUCAUCAAAACAUAUCAGUGAAAAACGUGCUACUCGAUCAACGGUUCAAGCCACUACUUUCUGAUUCGGGCCUCCAUCAGCUUCUUACAAAAGACACCGUUUACUCAUCGCUUAAAGCCAGUGCUGCGAUGGGCUAUCUAGCUCCCGAGUAUGCCACCACAGGCCGGUUCACCCAAAAAAGUGAUAUCUAUGCAUUUGGGGUUCUCGUCUUUCAGAUAAUUUCUGGUAAACGGAAAUUUGCUAGUGCAGCCCGCUUUGCUGCUGAGUCUUGCACUUUCAUUGACUUUAUUGACCCGAAUCUCCACGCAAGAUUCUGUGAGCAAGAAGCCGCAAAGUUUGCAAAAAUUGCAUUGAUGUGCACCCAUGAAACUCCUGAUCAGAGGCCGUCUAUUGAAGAAGUUGUACAAGAACUUUGUAGUCCAUUAUGCUAACCGAUUUUUAGUUUGUUACCCGCUUUGUUGCUUCUUGGUAGAAUGGUUUUUUUAGAAAGUAAUUCGUAGGGAAUUAGAUGUUGUGUUUUACUAACUUCUCACUUUUAAUGGGACUGUUAAAGUUUUUAUUGUUGUAAUUUUUAAUUUAAGAUGAAUUUUGAAUUC